AUGGCUCCUCCUCCUUCCGCCAACCUGCCUCUGGUCGAGAGGCUCAAAGCUCUGGCCCAGACCCUGCAGUUUGCUUGGUUUGUUGGACACUUGACACUCCUCAUCUCGGUCUUCCGCUACUCUCUGUCCUUUAUCACCUUCAACUUCUACUCGUCGUGGGCCAUUUUCUCUUAUCGCCUUGCCUUCGUCUCUGCCGCCGUCACCUAUGGAAUCGUCGUUUACAAGGGCCACUUCGCCCGCGGUGUGCAGGGCAGUGUUCCUCAGAUCGUGACCAAGCUCAUCUCCGAUGAGAACGUCCAGUACUUGGGCAUGGCUCUCGUCUGGCUGUACUCCCGCCAGCUCAUUCUCGCCCUUCUCCCCUUCAGCGUCUACUCCGUCUUCCAUGUCGCUACCUACAGCCGCAUGUACCUGAUCCCCACCCUCCAGCCCCAGGCCCAAGGCGCCAGCCCCGCCUCCCCCGGCUCCCCCAACUCCAAGCCCGCCGGCAAGCAGAGCGCUCUCGCCGAGACCAUUGGCCGCUUCAUCAAGCAGUACUACGAUGCCAGCAUGGGAGUUGUUGCCAGCCUUGAGAUUGCCCUGCUGCUGCGCCUUGUUCUGUCCGCCAUUACUUUCUCCAAGGGCAGCUGGGUUCUUCUGAUCGUUUACCUCUCCUUCUUCCGCGCCCGCUACGCCCAAAGCUCCUUCGUCCAGCAGGCUGUUCGUCAGCUCGUCGCCCGCGCUGAUGCAUCCAUCUCCCACCAGAGCACUCCCCCUCAGGUCCGCCAGGGCUGGGAGAGCCUCAAGGGUGUCGUGCGCCAGGUUUACGAGGCUACCGAUAUCACCCGCUACAUCUCUAGCUCUACCGCUGCCAAGAAGCCGCAGUAA